ACACAUGCACACUUAUAUACACACUCACCCUCCCACCUCCAGCCCUUCCUUCAAGUGAAACUCGUUUUCUCCUUCCAGCAAGGUUCUGGGUGGCUGAAAGAAGAAGAAAGAUUAAACUCUAGACUACUGCUAAAAAUAAUUAAUCCUGCAAUGAGAAAAUCCUACACUCCUAAAAAGCUGGUACCUUAAUUCCAAUCACCACCAUACACCAAGGAAUAAAAGAAAUCUGGAGAAGGACUGAGAAGGAUUUAUAAGGAGCAUAUCACAAUGAAACAAUGAGACUUUUUUGAAGAGCAUUUCAUUUAUGUAAAGAAUAGUCCAGGCAUGGUGUCUUGUGUGAGUGGAAUGACAAGCCUCCAGAGACACCUAUGUUAAUCAGCUACAGUUAUAUAUUGAAGCAGCUAAAACUUCUGACAGUUCUUGGACUGAGAAGACAGGCAGCGGAGAAAGUCUGAUUUCAGGUAUCUCCAAGGUGCUUGACUUUGCAGAAUUGACUGUCCCAAUGGAAGACACAGAUUUAGCCAAGGUCACUCCAUCUUCAUGGUUCUUUGCUUUUAACAGUGGAUCUUAUUUAAGGAUAGGAAAACUUUGUAUUAACUAGCAGUCUGGAUGGUCCGGGCAAAAGAGUUUCAAUGCCUUGACUGUCCUUAAGAUGAAGGUAUGGAAGAGGACAGUCCCUCCCUUGAUGCUCCUCUGUGCUGUGUUGUCCCUAUUGAUCUGCAGAGAAGUCUUCUUCUGGAAAUUCAGCUCAGUUACCUCCUCCUCCUCCUCGCGGUCAGUCAUGGUUUCACCACUGAAGGGGAAUCGGAGAGUCCCACGAGCCACAGAGCGCAAGCAACCUAUGCUUUCCCAAUACACUGCCCUUUUCGAAAGCUACACACAAGGCGAGAUUCGGGAACUUGUUUCAACUCUGGUAGAGAGGUACAGUCAAUCAGUACACUCUGGAGACGAUCCAAAGAAUGGGCCAAGGAUGAAGAGGGCGAGGGUUCACAAACAGCCUUGUACCCUGAAAGAGCUCGAAGUGAGUGUCAGCGAUCUGGGCCUGGGAUAUGUAUCAGACGAGACAGUUUUAUUCCGUUAUUGCAGUGGAAGCUGCGAAGGUGCUGUUCGGAAUUACGAUUUCUCCUUACAGAGCAUCAGAGGGAAAAAGAAAAUCAAAAAAGAGAAGGUACGGGCCAGGCCCUGUUGCAGGCCACUAUCAUAUGACGAUGAUGUAUCCUUCCUUGACUCUAAAAAUCAUUAUCACACCAUAAAGGAGGUUUCUGCUAAAGACUGCGGCUGUGUUUGAUAAGUAUUUAGAAGGGAGAAGUUGUCAAACAUGGCAAAAUGUGGUUGGCUACCAGAUGAGAGCCAGUACUGCAUUUUAAGACAAUUAGGAGAAACAGGAGUUGAAAUAUUACUUUCAUUUCUACCUCACAUAUUUUAAUGGAAAGUGGACUCAAAAAGAAAACAAAAUGGCUUGUGGGAUUGCAUGAUCAUGAAUUUGAAGAGGCUCCAUACAACUGCACUGAGAUAAUCUCAGCAUUCCAUUACUGCAUCCAGAAACACUUAUGUAGGGACACGAAGAAGGAUAAUCUAAAAGCCAUGAGACACAAACAUGGCACUGUUUUAACAUGAUGCCUACAUGUAGUUCAAUGUCAUUGCUGUAAGAUGACCAUGCCUUCAGUUAAACAAUCUCUACCCAUCUCUAUCAAGACUUACAAUCUUGGUGAUAUUCUAUAAAACCAUCAACAUGCUUCCUAUUGACUCGUGGUGUGAACACCAUACAUUGUUUUAUUUGUUUCAAGGCAGAUGGGGACCUGAUUAUGCAAUCUCUAUUGGUAUGAGUGCCAACAACUUAGCACAUCUACCUUCUACUUGGAGUGAUUUUGACUUGUUAUACAUAUAUGUGUGAUUUGUAAUAUCAGAACACCCAGAAAAUAUAGACAAUCACGGUAAUAGCAUUAUUUAAUUGUAUACAUAUAUGUCUUGGCUAAAUGUCAAAGAAUACCAGCAAAUAAGGGUUAAAUCAUCCCUGUGUUGGUAUUGUGCAUGAGUAUUAUCAAUUCCUUUUUCCAUGGUGUAAUUACAAAGUUGCACAGCAUCAAUAUGAAGCUUACAGGUCCACGUUGUGCCACAAAUUGAAACUGUUGAAACUAUGGCAUGCUUUCCAUAUUCCAUAUUACAGUAUUUUUUUCCAGAACAGAGGUGCAUUUUAUGAGCAUUAUACAAUUAGAAGUUGUAGAAAAACCCAACACACUUU